GAUGACUGGCUAGUCGAAUUUUGUUACGAAGUAAGCUUGCAAGAUACAGUGUCGAGCACAGUACGUACAACCUAGCUUAAACGGGCGUUUGCACGGAUCUUAAGCUAGCACAUAAAAUCUUCUUCCCCCACAGCUUGCUUGCAUUUUCUCUCUUUUCUUCUCUCCAACUUUCUCGCAAACUUCUGAUGAUGAUGCGCAGCAAUGCGCUUACUCCUCAUUCGUCAUGGCGAGUCAGUUGAUAAUGUAGCAGGAUUAUAUGCAGGCUCUCGUGACUCGUCUCUAACCAACCAUGGCGUCCUCCAGGCCAAACGACUUGGCGCGCACAUUGCCAGUCGUCAAACCGCGAUAGGACCUAUAUGCCAUGUCUUUGCUUCGAAUCUCCAACGAGCAUAUCAGACAGCUGACGCAAUCGCUGAAGCCUGUCGAUCCACAAAUGAUGAUUCAACCUCGUCACUGCCGUCUGGCGUAAUUCGUGUGGAAGAGCUACGUGAAAAGGACUUUGGAUUAUCAGAGGGCAAGAAAUUUGGUGCUAAAGACAGCGAUGAUGGUUCGGAGACCGCUGAAUCCAUGUGUAUUCGUAUCAAUCGGUUUCUCGACCAUUCCCUCAGCCCGACCAUCGAUCAGCUUGCGGCUGAAAAUGCCACGGUUGUCGUUGUCGCCCAUGGCAUAAUUCUCAACGUCCUACUGAAGGCGCUGCUUUUGCGUUAUCCGUCCAAAUCCUCUAUUCAGCGGCUAACAGCAGAGCGAACUGGCUCGGACUAUUUAGCACCAUGGAGCAACACUGGUGUCUUGCAAGCACGCCUUGAGGUGUCUGACAGUAUCUCGCGUGACCUGGCUAGUUCCAAAAUCAUUCAUAUGAUAGUAGAGUCUACCAACAACGUUGAUCACCUACAGGGUUUGAAGAAAACCCGUGGUGGAAUUGGCAGCGCGUCGUACGACUCACGACAACGUACGAUGGAGUCAUUCUUCACAUCAGCCUCAAGAAAGCGAAAGCUCGAUGAGGAUGAGAAUAAUCAAUGAGUUUAGCAUGAUGAUUGUGUUCAAGGAGACAUGAUCUAUGAAUAUGAUGCUCCGUGAGCCUAAUGCGAUAUCGUAGGACGAAGGGUAACUAUACUGGAAUAU